UAAACCACCAGCCGCCCUCGGCGGCCACAGCCACAGCCCUGCGCGGGGAAACGCAGCGCACAGCGCCCGCGCGGUGGGCUGAGGGAAGCGAGACAAGGCGGGAAUGGCGGACAAGAGCUCAACGGGGCCUUCGGGGAACGGCACAGGCGGGGGACGGACGGGACACGGAGGGCGAGAGGCGCCCGGCACGUGACGGCCGCGGCUGCCCGCAGCGGGGGAGGGGCGGCGCGUGACCGCUGCUGUCUCCCCGCCGCGUUUCCGUGACAACCGCAGCUCCCGCCCGCAGCAGGCGCACAGCCACCCGCGGCGCGGGGAGCGCCGCCCCUUCCGCGCGGCCUGUCCAAUCAGCGCGCACAACGCCGGCACGGCCCAUUUAAACUGGCGGCGGGGGGAGCGGGCGCCACCGUCCGUUGGGGCGUGAGGCGCCGCGCCAUGGGCAGCGCUGGGGACGCAGAUUGGGUUGAUGUUGCCAAUGAUCUUCUCAGGAGCUGCCACAUAAAGCUGCACGUAAAGCAUCUCUCAGAAUGUGGUGCUGAUGUGUUUGUUCAUCUUUAUGAGUCAAUCUUAGGAGAAAAAGUACCAGAUUUCAUAGCUACUCCUAGAAGCCAAGAGGAUGAUGCACAUAAUGUACAAGCAAUAAUAGAUUCCCUGGCAUUGGACUAUUUGCAGGUCAGCUUGUCACACAUCACUGGUGAGAACAUUGUGAAAGGAGAAAGGGAAUCGAUCAGAAACCUCCUUGAAAUAUUCGAUGGUUUGUUAGAGUAUCUUACAGAAGAAAUCAGUGAAUCUUCUUCCCACAAUGGGGAUGAGGCAAAAGUGCUGUCCACAACUGAAACUCCAAUUGCAUCUCAAGAGCAUCUGGAAAGCAAUGCUGGUCAGCUUAUGCAACCUUCAGUGUCCUCAUCAGCUGAAGGGUCCCCGUCAGAAUUGCUUGUCCCAUCUUGUGAUGUAGAUGGAUCAGAAUCUACCAGUGAAUUAAUUCGACUUGGAGAUACUGCUUAUUCAUUUUCCAAGAGAGAGGAAGAAGUUAAGUUGCCUGAAUUGCUACCAGCAGCAAAGGACAAGGAGGUGGAAGAAUCUGAAUUCUCUGAAACUGAAAGGGCCAUUGCAAAGGGAAAGGAAGAUGGAUCAAAGGAGCCUGUUCGUGCUAUUGAACCUGAAAAAGACAGUUUGAGUGCCAGUGCUACAAAACUUGGGGAGCCCAUACAGCAAGCUAUUCCUUUGCUACCACCAUUUCAGUCUUCAGAAGCUAGACCUCGUUAUCCUAGAUGGAGAGAUUACCACAGCUCAGCCAGUCAGUCAGCAGCUUUGGCUGACAGUCAGAGAGUGACAAUUCCUACUCUUCAAAAGCCACUUCUGUUUCAGUCUGAAGAUGUUUCUGGUGGUCUUCCUCUAUCAAGGGAAACCCUUGUGGGAGACAAGGUGAUAUCAAAUGAUGCUGAGCACAGCGUGGCAAAGGUUCCUUGGGAAUAUGGGACCUCCAUAUCUGCUUCCUCUUUAGAUCAAGAACUCCCACUAGGUGCUGAUGAACAAGUAACACAACCUCCCAGACCUGAAUCUAGGCUUCCGCCUAGAAUGAAAAGAUAUGAAAACUCUACUGCAGGUUCACUGGAAGAGUCUCUCUCCUACAGAACAAGGGAAAAGCUGUCUGAGCAAGAGCUUCAUGAAGUGUCAGAAAAACUCUCUCACAGGUUAUGUGAACUAGAUUCAAUGUUGAAGAGAGCUUUGGGUGGGCACAGCCCAGAUGAAGAGCUGCCAGAUGAAGACAACCUGUCUCAGCACAGUGACAGUGUCAUGGAUUAUGGCCGAAGGAAAGCUGAACGAGACAUACCACAUCUAAGGUACCCCAGCAGGCCACGGUCACUUUCUCCAGCCUCACCCUCAUCUCAGCAUCAACUCUAUUCAGAGUUGGAAGAUCAAGUUUGCACUAAUGGAACAGGCCAAAUGAAGAAAAUACAAACUCAGUUGCUAGAAGAAAGAGAUGAAAGAACAAAAACCACAAAGGGGGUUGCUAAAGCUUACGAAGAUCAACUAAGAAUUUAUGAAGCCAGGGAGAGGCUGAGACUUGCCAAGCUCAGGGAAGUCAUCAGGCAAAUGGAACAAGAACACAAAGAAAACAUCUUUAAAGAACCUCCAAAAAGGCCUCAGCCAGUGAAGGUUUAUUCUAGAAAAGCCACACCUCGGAAUCCUAAAUACAGCCAGUGGAUUCCAAAACGAGGGACUGGGAAGCCAAAAAAAGCAGCUCCAAUGAAAAUAAGAGAUGAUGACCUCCUGUUUCAGCUACUGGAAGAGUUUCCCCACCUGCAAAUUUCCCACCAUACUAUGAAUAAAAUGUGGCAGCAGCAGCUUGCACAUACUGAACAACUUAAGGCAGCUUCUGGCAGAACCAGAGCAAAGCUCCAAAAUGAAGUUCAACAAGCCCUGAGAAGACAUGAGCUGCUGCUUGCAAUUAUUAAAAAAGACCAAGAGCAUAACAAGAGACUGCAAGAAUUUAAGCAACGGAUCUGCCGCCAGAAAUGGGCUCAGAAUAAAGUGAGAGAGAAGCGGCAGCAGGUGGCUCGAGCCAGGAAAUACUACGAAGAUUACCGGGUGCAGCUGCGUGCCAAGAUGAUGCGGAGCAGGACGCGGGAAGAAAGGAUAUUUAAAAAUUUAUUUGAAGAAGGCUUAGAAAUUCAGAAGCAAAGGCUGAAGGACCUGAGAGCAUAUGCUCAAGAGAAACGUGCUGAGCAAAGAAGAGAGCAUCAAAACGAGCUGGAGUCCAUGGAGAACUAUUACAAAGAUCAGUUUUCCAUGCUAGCAGAGGCUGUAUCUCAAGAACACCAAGCAAUCCAAACCAGAGAGAAAGCACAAGCACAGAUGCUACAGAAAGCAAAAAGAGAAUUGAGAUCAAGGAUGGAAAAGGAAAUACAGCAGCUGCAAGCAGCAAUAAUGCAAAGUGAUGAUGACACCUUUUUUCGAGAACUAGAAGCAGACAGACUGAAAUCUAGACUUCAGAUGGCUUCCUUUCAGUACAGCAAAAGCCAUUUCUUGUAAGACUCACAGUGACUAGCACUGCAGCUCUCUCUGGCCAGGAUGAGGACAACCUUUGAGAGCUACUGUAAGAGGAAGACUGUGUGUGGCUGUUUAAAGCAUCUGGUCUGUCAUUUUGACAUGUUAGAGGUGUAGCUCCUGAGAUCUGGUACCUCUACAGCAUUUUCACGAUCAAUAAAGUUUUUGAACUACUUUC